AAGAGCAAUGGGUGGUUUAAUUUUCUUGCUGUCUCUUUAAGACUUUCUCAUGCUGGAGCUGAGGCACGUCUAGAAACUCCUUCUGCAAAAAAACUAACUGAUAUUGGAAUCAGGAGAAUCUUCUCCUCGGACCACGACAUUUUCCGGGAGAGUGCAAGGAAAUUUUUUCAAGAAGAAGUGAUUCCUCACCAUGCAGAAUGGGAGAAAGCUGGAGAAGUGAGUAGAGAGGUCUGGGAAAAAGCUGGCAAGCAAGGCUUGCUUGGCAUCAACAUUGCAGAAAAACAUGGCGGCAUCGGGGGAGACUUCUUCUCCACAGCAGUGACUUGGGAGGAGCAGGCAUACUCAAAUUGCACAGGCCCUGGUUUCAGCCUUCAUUCUGACAUCGUCAUGCCCUAUAUCGCAAAUUAUGGCACAAAAGAACAGAUUGACCAGUUCAUCCCCCAGAUGACGGCUGGCAAGUGCAUCGGUGCCAUAGCAAUGACAGAGCCUGGUGCUGGAAGUGACCUACAAGGAGUACGAACAAACGCCAAAAGGUCUGGAAGUGAUUGGAUUCUUAAUGGAAGCAAGGUGUUCAUCACUAACGGCUGGCUCAGUGACCUUGUGAUCGUGGUUGCUGUCACCAAUCGUGAAGCUCGCUCACCCGCCCACGGUAUUAGCCUCUUUUUGGUAGAAAGUGGAAUGAAAGGAUUUAUCAAGGGACGGAAGCUACAAAAGAUGGGAAUGAAAGCCCAGGACACGGCCGAACUGUUCUUUGAAGAUGUCCGAUUGCCAGCUAGUGCCCUCCUCGGGGAAGAGAAUAAAGGCUUCUACUACCUCAUGCAAGAGCUCCCACAGGAAAGGCUGUUGAUUGCUGAUUUGGCAAUUUCCGCCUGUGAGUUCAUGUUUGAGGAAACCAGGAACUAUGUGAAACAAAGGAAAGCUUUCGGGAAAACAGUUGCACACAUCCAGACGGUGCAGCAUAAACUGGCAGAAUUAAAGACAAACAUAUGUGUAACCAGAGCUUUUGUGGACAGCUGUCUGCAGUUGCAUGAAACGAAGCGCCUGGACUCCGCCUCAGCUUCCAUGGCAAAAUACUGGGCAUCUGAAUUACAAAACAGUGUAGCUUAUGAGUGUGUACAGCUCCAUGGAGGCUGGGGAUACAUGUGGGAGUACCCAAUUGCAAAGGCUUACGUGGAUGCUCGGGUUCAGCCAAUCUAUGGUGGUACCAACGAGAUAAUGAAGGAGCUGAUUGCCAGGCAGAUCGUCAGUGACAGCUAGAUACCUACCUGCACCCUGGAAUCCCAUUACACACAGCUAAUCCGGACUCAGAUCUACUUGAGAUAAAGUAUAACCUGGGGAUGGGGGAAGGAGCAAAGCUGUUUUCAUGUGUUAAUGUCAUGGAGAAAGAAAUAAAAUAUAACUAUAAAGAUUAA